UUGACGUUUUGGAGAAAAAAGGGGUGCAGUUGUGCUGCUCCCCGGUUGUGGAUUUCUCACCGCGCUCCUCCGUGGUUAUGAUCUGGUCUGUGGGAGCAGCUGAUCUCACGCCGUGUUACUCGGUUUAAUAUGAUGCAUUAGUGUGGAGCAGACAAUGAUGGAGGUUUAAAAUCCCCCACAUUUUUUUUAUUUUUUUCCCUUUUCCUGUGUCUAAGAGCGCCUGCUUUAAGUGGCCUCUCUGGUGUCAGGAGACAAACACCUCCACAGCCACUCGGAGCUAUUUUAAGCUGCUGGCUGUCAGAGUACGGUCAGAGAAUCCUCCUCCACUGUCGCCAGUAAAGAGACAGUCACCGUGACACGACAACCAACAUCCCCUUCCUGAAGCCUUGUUGUCUAAAUCUUCCUGUAUAGCUUUUGUUUUUUCUUCCUGUGCCCUUUGUUUACCUCGAUUGUUCUCACCUUGAUGCUACACUUCCUUGUUAUCUGUUUCUCCUUUUUUUUGGCUUUUUUCAAGCCUCUCAAUGAGAAAACACACAAAUCUGAUGAGCUGCAACAGUUUGCCACAGAAGAACGGACCAACAUCCCUCAAGGGACGUGUGCGGUUAGCAGCUUGUUGUCAGUUGGAAUGAAGGAAUGCAGUUUAGGCUGAAGCAGCUCUGUUUUUACUUCGGUCUAUCCGGAGAGCGCCGUUCUUAAGCUUUUUAAGGAUUUUUGCAUAAUUUCACCAAUGGGACGAAACAUAAAACAGGCGGUGAGCCCUGUGCAGGGUGAUGAUGAGCAGUCAGGGCAGCAGCAGCAGCAAAGGAAGUGGCCAGCAUGCUGACACUCGCCCCCUUCGCCACGCUCCCGGGCCCAAGCUCCAAGUGCAGCGUUCCCGCUCUCGUGACACCAUCACCAUACACUUCUCUGCUCUGGGGAAGGAGGAGGAAGACGAGGAGUACGAUCUCUACAGCAUAGAGGUUGGACCUGCAGCAGCUGCCCCUGUGGAUGAUGGAUCUUUGGGGCGUCAGGGCGGAGCUGCAGGGGUGGACGAGGUGUGUGUCACCACAGGGUUGGAGGCCAAAGAGGAGAUGCUGUUUGAGUCUGCCAAAGUAGAAACUUCUCUUGGAGCUCCGGUGCUACCUGUAUCAUCCAUCAGCUCGUCUGUUCAGCUUCAAGACCCAUAUCUGCACACCCUCUCUUCUACCACUGCUGUUAUCCCCAUUUCCACCCACUCCCACCUGAGCUCCGCCCCUCCUGCGAGCUCCUCCUGGCCCACCGAUCGACCAACUCAUCCUCCUCCCACAAGCUCCAGCUCCUCCUCUCCUUGCAGGUCCACAGCUCUCUCGUCAUCCAAACCUUUUCUCAGUCUGGUGAGGUCUCUAUCUAAUGAUGUUGAGUCUCGAGAAGCUCCCGUCUCCACGGCGGUACCCCCACAAACACGCCACAGACAGCUGAUGAAGUCUUUCGUUAGGUCUUUAUCCACAGACAUCUCCAAAGCCGAACACCAGGAAGGGUCUCCUCAUCACCAGGUUCCCUCCCAUCGGGCUCCGCCUCGCAACAUGCAGCUCUUCAAACAGUUCUCCCAACCCCGGUUAUCCUCCAGCCCUGUCAUUGCCACUCAAGCUGGGGGGGACUCCAAAACAGCCCCCUCCUCUCCCAUCAUGUCCCCAGAUGGCCGAUCUUUUUUUAAAGUCCAAGAGGUGGAGGCCAAGAUCGAGGACACCAAGCGACGGCUGUCGGAGGUGAUGUCAGACCCCCUGCAGCUUUUCAGCAAGAUUAUGGGCGAUGAGUCAGGUGUGGGAGUUGCUGGAAGCGCGCAUCGUGCCAAAUCGCUCUCCACCAGCGCAUCCGAGCUCAGCGGAGCAACAGCUGUCAACGGACACACAGAUGCUAACAGCAACUACAGCAUCAAGGAAGAAGGGGGCGAAGGAGAGGAAGAGGAGGAAACGCCUACAGGAAAGGGACCCGACUCUGUUUUAUUCUCUUUUCCGUCUCUGUCACUCAGUCCGGCCUCGGCCCCACCCCCCAAUAUUUGUAAGUCCCCUUCUCUCACUAUGGGCCGCUGUUCAAUGUCGGCCCUGGUAGCGCGACAGGAAGACGAGGACUUCUGUGAACUGUACAGUGAAGACUUUGAUGUUUGCACUGACACGGAGACGCCAGAUGGAGAUCGGUCCAUAUCCCGACAGCCCCAUACUGGGAGCACUGGCCUGUGUAGUGAACUUGAUGCAGAUGAGGAGAGGGAAGAGGAGGAAGUGGACUGUGUGACUGGCCUCAUCUUCUUAACACAGAUGAUUUAUUUGUACUUAAUCCUUCCAGUGCCUCCAUGUGUUUGUUCUGUGUUGCAUGGGAUAGUGGCGGGCUUUGUGCUGGCCCUGCUGGUCCUCUGGCUGUCUUCUCCUCAGCACUCCUCAUCAGGGACCAGCAUCAGGAGAAGGAGGAUGGAGAGGUGGAACUUUGCUCAACUGGACAUCAGUGAACCAGGGAUUUUCAAGGGCUGGAUGAACGAGAUCUACAGCUACGACCCAGAGAUGUACCACGCCACCUUGACCCACUCUGUUUACGUCCGCUUGGAGGGUUCUGUCCUGCGCCUGUCCAAACCCAACAGGAACAUUUCCCGCCGUGCCACGCACAACGAGCCUAAACCCGACGUCACUUACAUCAGCCAGAAAAUCUUUGACCUGACUGACAGCAAGAUUUCCUUGAUGCCUCAGAGUCUGGCUCGAAAGCGAGUUUGGAACAAGAAGUACCCCAUUUGUAUAGAGCUGGCCAAGCAGGAUGACUUCAUGUCAAAAGCUCAGGAGGAACGGCCGGACGCCGCAGAGGACCGGUUGGCAGGGCAAGGCGAGAGGGCCGAUCUCACAGACCGACCCGAAGGCUCUGCAUCUACAGAGGAACAGAAGAGACCAACUUCUGGAGGAGGAGGAGGAGAUCUGACAAUCUACUUGUUUGGGAGGACCGGCAGGGAAAAAGAGGAGUGGUUCCGGAGGUUUCUUCUAGCAUCUCGUGUGAAGUCGGAGGGGAGAGGCGGCGGCCUGGCUGGCGUUAGCAAGAGUGCCUUCUUGCCAGCCCACAGUCGCAGUGGAAGCUUUCAGUCUGGUGGGGGCCUGGAGGCUGACAGCAGAAGCAGCAGCAGGGGCAGCCACGAAGAGCUGUCUUCUCUCCCCUGUGGCUCCACUGCAGGAUCCAAGCAGAAGAUUCUGUUGGACUAUAACGUCUACAUGGCCAAAUAUGUGAACCCCCAGGCUCCACCGAGAAGCCCAGCUGCAGAAGACAGCCCAGGGCAGAGCCCUGAGAGCAGCCCCAAAACCACCAAGAAGUUACAGAGAAGUUCAGAAGAGACCGAUGAGUCGGAGCUCUGGGUCAACGCUUUCCUGGGGAGAAUUUUCUGGGACUUCCUCAGAGAAAAGUAUUGGGCCGACGUUGUCUCCAAAAAGAUCCAAAUGAAGCUCAGUAAGAUCAGGCUGCCAUAUGUGAUGAAUGAGCUGACUCUGACCGAGCUUGAUAUGGGAUUCUCCAUUCCUAAGAUCCUUCGUGCCUCCAAACCUUCUGUAGACCACCAAGGCUUGUGGUUUGAUCUGGAGAUCUCCUACCGAGGCUCCUUCCUCAUGACGCUAGAGACAAAGCUGAACCUGGCGCGUCUGGGAAAAGAAGGCGAGGGGCUCGGGGAGCACGGGAAAGAAUGGUCCAGGUCACGGACAUACUGUCUGGCAGACAGUGAUGAAGAGUCAUCCAGCGCUGGCUCAUCAGAUGAGGAAGAUCCCCCUGAACUCCUUAGUGACAAAUCAACUCAGCCUGGAGCUGAAGGCUAUGUAGGAGGCCACAGACCCAGCAAGAUCAUGCGCUUGGUGGACAAGAUAGCCAAGUCCAAAUAUUUCCAAAAGGCCACAGAGACAGAGUUCAUUAAGAAGAAAAUGGAAGAGGUAUCCAACACCCCCCUGCUGCUCACAGUGGAAGUGCAAGAGUGUCGGGGAACUCUGGCUGUCAACAUUCCCCCACCUCCCACAGACAGAAUAUGGUAUGGUUUCCGGAGUCCUCCUCACCUGGAGCUGAAGGCGCGGCCUAAAUUGGGUGAGAGGGAGGUCACUCUGGGUCAUGUAACUGAGUGGAUAGAGAAGAAGCUGGAUCAGGAGUUCCAGAAAAUUUUUGUUAUGCCAAACAUGGAUGACAUAUGGCUACCCAUAAUGCACUCAGCCAUGGAUACACGUUCAAAUGCCAACUUGAUGACUGUGACAAAUGAUGCCUUGAAGGAUACGGAAACAGAGGAGUCUGACAUCCCCGACGUUUGAAGACUAGCGUUUUGUUGUGCCGUGACCAACGAACUUCUCAGACAUAAGAAGAGUUGACUCCAAAGCCAAGGUGUGAGAAUGUGUCGACAUGCUCUCCAAUAUCUGAUUCUGUCUUUGCAGCAUCUGUGUUGCAGCAGUCCUUAAAUAUGUGGUCGAAAACAGGAGCCCUUAUUGUUUGUGGCUGCUAAAAGCAAUAGAUGGUGAUUAACGAAUGGAAGUGAACUUUUUUAGAUUAAAAAAUAAAUACACUUCCUAAGAAAACAAAAUUUCACACUGGAUCAGAAAAUCGCCGUCUGAUUCAGCUUGAGGAACCAGAACCCUGUGAUGCUCAGCUGCAGCAAAUCUGAUUGUUGCAAACUUUUUGGUGCAAUGCAUAGAAGUCUAGAUGAUGAAAAAGCCUUUUAAGACUAAAAGGGGUAGUCCAAAUAUUUCUAAAUAAUAUCCCUAGAAUAUAGCAGUCCCACACAGUCCCAGUGUGGUCUUCUUAUCAACCCGGCAUUUAUGCAAACCCAGAAAUGGCAGUUGGUCCAUAAAAUGUGGCGUCUCCUUCAUGGCUCCCCACGUUGCCAUACAUACCAUGAGGCUCGGACUGAACUAGGGUUUCAACAAAAUUUGAAAUCUUCUCUGCAGCUCUGCCUUUCCAGCUCUGUUGAAUGUAUCAGUGGGAUUGCAGCUUGCUAGCUGUGCAGAAGCUUGUUUUUCACUUAGCUUCUGUCUCAAUUACUCCUUGUGUUAUAGUUAAGCAAAAGUAAUAAUUUUGUAUCCUUUUUGCCAAAGCAAUCUUUCAUUUACAUUUGAAAGGUUAUGUAAAAAAAAAUUAAGCAAUCACUUCAUCUCUUUCUGCUUGUUUUAAUGAAAAAGUAACUGCAUUGUUGGAAAAUACAGAAAGGAUUUUAUUUUUCAUUGAUUUUCCUUUUGGCAGCAGGAGACUUGACUCUCUCAUUAUCAAUGUCUAAAAAUUUAAUUUUUAGAUAAAAAAAAAACUCUUAUUUUGAAAUAACACCACUCUGGAUAUUAGCCAUAUUGUUUAGUGUUGUCAGCAGACACUCAUGAUGGAAACUAUUUUGCUUAUUUAUUCAUGUUUUUUUAAGCUGUCAAUAAUCUAGAACCACUGGAUCAUAGUUAAAUAUCUGGAUACAUGUCUGCUAUGUUUUGUUAAAAAUGUGUGUUGGCUAAUGUUUCGAGGCAGAAAGUGCCUUCAAAGUAACUAAACAUUCCUUCAUGGUGAGCCACCACAUUUGUUGCAUUGACUUACUGUUUCAGACGUGCCCAUUUCUUAAAAAAGAAAAGAAGAAAAAACUAUUUUACCAUUUUUAUUUCAGUGUUGCUUAUUUGAACAGUGAUGAAAAUUGCUGCUUGUGUUGCAGAUUGUUAUGGUUCUGAUCAUUGUGGAUCAAUAAACUUUUUUUUUCCCCUGA